AUGGUGUUCGGAGCCAGUAACGUCUCGAAGCUUCUUUUGCACAUACCAGUUCAUCGAAGGUCCGAUGCUGUCGUAACUAUUUGCUAUGAAGCUCAGGCUCGGAUAAGGGACCCUAUCUAUGGUUGCGUCGCUCACAUCUUUGCUCUUCAGCAACAGGUGGUGAAUCUACAAGCAGAAGUUUCUUACUUACAAGCCCAUUUGGCAUCACUAGAGCUACCUCAACCACAAACGCGGCCACAGCCUCUAUCGCAGCAGCAACCGCUCUUUUUCGCACCUCCUCCGCCUUUCUCCGUAACCGAACCUGCAUCAGUCUCACCCUUACCCUCGACCUACGAUCUAGCCUCCAUCUUCGAUCAAAAUACACCGUCUUCGGCAUGGGCCACACAACAGCGAAGGUUCGUUGAUCCACGCCAGCAAUACGGUGUACCAUCGUCAUCUUCGUCCGCUGCCGCCAUAGGGCUCGGUGGUGAAAACAGUGACCUUCAUGCAUUAGCACAUGAACUCCUCCAUAGACAAGGAUCUCCUCCGCCAGCAGCCACCGACGAUUCGCCGUCUCGGUCUAUGUCUAGAUGAGUUGGUUUUGAAUCUUUUGAUCGUUACAUCUACCUGUUUGUUAUUAGGAAAAUUAAAUUACUAUUCAAUAAAAUUUAAUUUUCUUUGAAUAUUAUAAGGAAAUGUUGAUUGUAAUUUGUCUGACAUUUACAUUUUAUUACGACUAUAUCUUAUUAAUUUGCCA